AUGUUGGUGAGAUGUGGUCGAGCAAACCAUUUGAUAGCACUACAUUCAAGAGCGUUCUCCAUUAAAGGCAUAGCAAGAUUGAAACAAGCAGUAGUUCGACAUCCUCAAGUAGAAAAGCUUACAAUAAAGUGGGAAGAGAUUCAGCAAACCGCAGUUAAAAAUGAGCGCAUAAGUACCAAAGUUCCAAUUGCUGCGGAAAUAGCACCUGAUCAAGGCCUGGUUGGUUCGCAGAAACGGAGAGAAAAAGCUCUGCCACCGUCGCUUCGAUAUGUACGAGAAAUUAUGGAUAAGUAUGAGGGCCAUGUUGUUCUCACACAAAUGGGAUCAUUUUACGAAUUAUAUUUCGAACAUGCCGAAAAAUACGCUCCGAAGCUAAAUCUGACCUUAACUAGUCGAGAUUACGCGCUGGGCAGAGUGUCGUUUGCGGGUUUCCCCGUUCACCAGCUCGGACGGCAUUUAAGAGUUUUAGUCAGAGAUCACGGCUAUAGUGUGGCAGUUGCAGAUCAAUUCAAGAAAGAUUUAGUAGCGAACAAUGAAACUCAGCGGUUUUCUAGGAGAGUUACACGAAUUGUAACACCGGGAACUUUCAUCGAUGAAGCUUUUGAGAAUCUUGAGGAAAACACGUACCUUUUGAGUAUUGACUUCCCUGAAAACUGUAUGAGGAAUUUAGCUGACAUCAAUCUCAAGGUGGGUUUAUGUUGGUGUGACGUUUCUACAGGUGAGAUUUUUGCUCAACAAGUACACCUGAAAGAUCUCGUAUCAGCAAUCACGCGGGUAGAGCCCCAAGAAAUUCUUCUAGAUGAAAGCAUCAUGGAAUUCAGCAUUGAGUCCGGUGAUUGGUACCCAGAGCUUGUUUCUUUUAAAAAAUACUUUUUGAAAUACCAGAAACUGCCUUCCCAUUACAGAACUCUAGAGUCAUUUUCCGGUCUUUUCAAUGCCUCCUUUGCUUCAUACUCCCAGCAAAACGCCGAUAUUAUCUUCCAGGACUUCACACAGAAAGAGAGAGGAGCUCUCAAGCGCAUUUUGGCGUAUUUGGAAGAUCACAUGCCGGAUACUGCAAUUAAUCUUCAAAUUCCCAAGAGGCAAUCGACAAACAGCGUAAUGCAAAUAGAUUCCCGAACGUCUUCUGCCUUAGAGCUACAUUUCACGGUAAGAACCAACUCUAAGAAGGGUUCUUUACUGUCGGUAAUACGACGUACUGUCACACCCUCGGGUACUAGAUUGCUGACGCAAUGGUUGGCGGGUCCCACCAUGGAUCUUGCUGAAAUCAAGCUAAGACACGACCUAGUGUCACUUUUUAAAAAACGUUCAGAGAUCUCAAGUUCCUUGAUUGAUAUCUUGAAACAAACAUUUGAUAUGCCAAAAAUUUUGCAGAAGUUUUCGUUUGGGAAAGGUGAUGCCAUGGAACUAGUACAACUGUCACAUUCUCUUCAAAAAUCUCAAGAGAUUAAAGAAUUACUGAUAGCGAUGGGUGGGUACUCAAAGAGAGGCAGCAUAUUUUCGAACUUGAUCGAAAUGCUAAGUUUCGAUGAAUCUUUAGUCUCCGAUGUGCUUUCUUCACUAGACGAAGAAAAGCUGGCAGAAUUUUACUUUAGUAGCGGCCAGGAAUCAGAAAGCUCGACUGAUGAAGUGACAGAUAAAGCAGACUUAGGGGUAAACUACGUUCCGUGGGUCGUCAGGCAUAAUUCUAGUGAACUGCUAGCGCGAUUGCACCAUCAAUAUCAAGUUCUGUGCGAUGAGCGAAAGGAAUUACUAAGCGACUAUACGCUGUUUCUUGUUGAUAAGUAUCAAAUUCGAAAUGCUGAGCUCAAAUUGAAGCAGACUAAUGAGUUUGCGAUUUAUGUAUCUGGAACUCCCACCAACUUAAGGAAAUUGAUUGAAGGUGUCAAAAAUGAACUUUCAUUUCGCGGUUACAACUUUCAUAUCAUUCAAAAAUCAUCUCAAACCUGUUGGCUGAGCCAUGAAAGCUGGACAUCUAUCGGUCAAAAGCUCGAAUACACGAAUUCGAAGAUAAAAGAAGAAGAAUCAAGAGUUUUAGAGGCCUUAAAGUCUAACUUCAUAAAAAAGAGCGCCGAAAUUCGAUCAGUGGCUCAAGCGCUGGAUUAUCUGGACGUGUUAACAUCUUUCUCGAAACUUGCCAAGGAAAAAAAUCUUGUGCGCCCGGAGGUGAGUGGUACCAGUACCUUACAUGUUGUUGGCGGAAGACAUCUUGUCGUCGAAGAAGCCCUUGGUGCUAAAUCACUGAGUCGAUUUACUGAAAAUGAUUGCCGUCUAUCAUCAGGAGAUCUAUGGAUGGUAACAGGCCCAAAUAUGGGUGGGAAAUCCACAUUUUUGAGGCAAAACGCUAUCAUAGUAAUUUUGGCUCAGAUCGGAUGCUUUGUUCCAUGCAAAAAGGCUCAUGUUGGAUUAGUUGACAAGAUUUUCAGUCGGGUGGGAUCAGCCGACGAUCUGUAUAACGAAAUGAGCACGUUUAUGGUCGAGAUGGUGGAAACGAGUUAUAUCCUGAGAGGUGCGACAGAAAAGUCUCUUGCAAUAUUGGACGAAGUGGGACGCGGCACAAGCGGCAAAGAAGGAGUUAGCAUUGCAUUUGCAACACUCAAAUAUUUAAUGGAAUCUAAUCGUUGUCGUUCUCUCUUCGCUACACAUUUCGGUAGCGAAAUAAUAAACAUCAUGCAAGGUUCCGAGGGAGAAGGCAUUAGAGAAAAGAUAAGCUGCCUUAAAACUGAGAUUGUGGAGAGCGGGAAUAAUAUUUUUCAUUAUGAUCACCAGCUCAAGCCCGGAGUCUGUACUUCAUCAGAUGCGUUGAAAAUUGCGAAAGUGGCGGGAUUCCCACGAGAUGCCCUUGAGGUUGCUACUAGAAUUUUAGCCUAA